AUCUCAUCUUGCCAGUUGAAUGGGUGGAUCGCUGCCGGCGUCGGCCGAUAGCCGCACCGCCUCAGAGUCAGCUGAGCGGAUCCGGUGUGGGGCUAGUUACCAGAAUGGGUUCGUCUAGAUUACUCACGCUAGGAAACGGCUUUACCUUAGGUAAGAGAGCCAGAGUCAUAGGGAAACUUGCCGCUCUGAAAUUCCUUUUUCAUUGUUGCGUGGGUGAACUCUGGUCAAAUAUUUUGCUACAUCUUCUGUAGCAGAAAGAAAUAGCCAUUGAGUUGUCCAGCCACCAGUAGGCAGACUUGGGAACAGAACUUUGGCGAAGUCAUCUGGUCUCAGGUGCUCUUCAAAGCUAUGGCUACUGUUAGCGCAACCUCGACAAUUCAGUCAGGAGCGCAACAAAGUUCUUGUCAAGAUGCCCCAACCCCAUGUUCACCUUGUAAUAAGGAAAACGUAGGUUGGAGGAGAAUUGUCAGGAACUUUACACCCUCAUGGUUUGCGGUCACAAUGGGAACUGGGAUAGUCUCAGUCCUCCUUCGCAACCUGCCUUACAAUGCAACGUGGAUCUCGCAUGGUCUUGCCGUUGCCUUUUUCGUACUCAACAUCGCCCUGUUUACCGUAUUCACCGUCAUCACAGUGCUACGGUACGCAUUGUACCCCGAGAUCUGGAAGGCCAUGGUUGUACACCCUGCCCAGUCCAUGUUUCUUGGCUGUUUCCCUAUGGGGUUUGCCACCAUUAUCAACAUGAUGAUCUUCGUGUGUGCACCUGCCUGGGGCCAGUGGGUGGUGAAUUGGGCAUGGGCAUUUUGGUGGCUUGAUGCUGCUCUGUCAAUGGCAACCUGCAUCUCGGUGCCCUUCGUCAUGAUUCAUCAACACCGCCCUGGACUCCAGGCAGUAACAGCCGCAAGUCUCCUCCCAAUCGUCCCGGUCGUAGUCGCAUCUUCCACUGGCGGCAUCGUCGCCGAAGCCCUCUCAAACCCAUCUCACGCCUUCACAACUCUGAUCGCAUCCUACGUUCUCUGGGGUAUCGGCAUCUGCUUCUCGGGCAUGGUUCUCGCGCUGUACUUUCACCGCCUGACGAUUCACAGCCUCCCGCCCAAGGAGGCCAUCGUCUCCGUGUUCCUGCCCAUCGGUCCCUUGGGCCAGGGCGGCUUCGGCAUCCAGCAGCUCGGAAAGGUGUCCCUGAAGCUCUUCCCCCAGACUGCGGCUCUGACCGUGGCGGCUCCGGGGGCGGUGCACGGCGGGGAGAUACUCUACUUUGUCGGGCUCUUCCUGGCGCUCGUCAUGUGGGGCUUCGCGCUCGUCUGGUUGUCGUUUGCUCUCAUCAGCCUUGCUACGAUGGAGAAGAUCCCGUUCAACAUGGGUUGGUGGGGGUUUACGUUCCCGCUGGGCGUGUUGGCGACCUGCACCGGCAAGCUGGCCCAGGACUUGGACAGCCCCUUUUUCAGGGUCAUGACCAUGAUCUUCUCGCUGUCUGUAUGCUUGCUCUGGCUGCUUGUUGCGGUGAGAACACUUCAUCAGGCCAUUUCUGGGGAAAUUUUCUUUGCGCCGUGCCUGAAGGAUAUCCGAGACAAGCAAGCGCAGGCAGGAUCGGAUAGGAGGGUUUAAUAACUGGAUCGAUUUGAAAAGCCAAAGUAACAGCGACUCAGUGGCAAAUGGCUGCCUCCAAGGGCACAAGCCUGGGUCUAUUUACUGUACACCAGUCAAGCUCCCGUGCGGUCUCUUGACCAAUAUAUAUAUCAAUGAUUAAUCUGGUGUGACAUCCACCAUCAGCCAUGUAGGCAUCUAUUGUGUACCCAGAAGCAUUGAAAUAUAAUUUAAGCGCAAUACGUAGAUUUCGGUUCGAGUUACAAGCCUAAACCGUUUAGAAAAAUUGACUUCAACUUAAUUUGCAAACAGAUAUUCUUGCCACAGGCGGACUCUUGCCACAGGCGGACUCUU